AGCGUUGAAUAGCACACUAUAAAUCAAAAUUCUGUGAAACCAGCCAAUAUACAGCCUCAUGCUAUUCUGUGACUAAACGGAAGGUAGCGGCUCUGGCGAUUUGAUCCCGCCCCUUGCGUUUUACAAUUGGUCAAAGUAGCAGCGCUUCCCAGCUGAUAAUGUAAUGCCAUUGGCACGGAUCUCACGAAGGCGGUCCCGCCUUUAUUGUUCCAAUGAGCAGCUCCCCCAGCCAGAGAUUCUGCGCAGAGGGAAGGAAGGAGAGCGAGAGAGGAAUUGGACAAAAUUAAGCUGGAUUUACAUCGUUCACUCGUCCCUCCCUCGAAACACACAGGCAACAUCUGCAAUUACGGUGUAGGAACAUUAUGGUGCAUUUUCAAGAGGUGAAUCUGGCAGCAGUGUUUUCAUCCAUGUUCACAGUUGAGUGCACCUGGCUGUAGAAAACAUUGCCAUGGAAACCAGCAGCGGAAGAGAACAGACAGUUGAAACAAAGCCUUUGUGCGAUGGCUGUGAAGAAUCAGCCAGAGGGUGCCAGGCCCAGGGGACGGAGGCAGACGAGACAUCUGAGCGCAGUGAUGCUACUCCUGAACUGCCGCCCCCUGGGAAGCUGAAGAAAACAGCUUUUAAACUGUUUGGAGGGAGAAAGAGCAUUUGCACUUUACCCAGCUUCUUUGGGGGAAGAAACAAAGGUCAUGGGAAGGGGUCCUCUAAAAAGGGGAUCAGCAAGAGCAAGACUCAUGAUUGUAUCAGUGAGGUGAGCUGGGAGGACGGCAGAAGAACCGCUGACAUGCCAGCGGGAGACUUUGAAUACCACGGCCAGAAAUGCUCAUCUGUAAAGAAGCUGUCAGGUUCUCAAAGUGUGUACUCAAUAACUGACACGAAUAAGAAAGCAGACGCACCUCUGUCGGCAAGCUCUGAAUGUUACGAUCAGAAACUAAGUGCCGACAAGUCCUUGUCCUUUCCCAGGCCAAAGAAGGGACUAAAAGGUUUGUUCAGCAGCAUCAGGCGCCACAAAAAGAAUAAAGCUGCAGAUUCUGAAAAAGCUGAGACGCCUGGACUUUCUGUAGAGAUCCCUGCAGAUGCAGUGCCUAGAAGUCAGUCAAGUGACAGCAAGGUGGAGUCUGAACUUCAGGAUCGCUUGUCUGACAGUAAUGUGGCAGACACACUGAAUGAGAAAGACAAUUCGACAGAUACACCUGAAUGUAGUGAGGAUGCAAAUCUUUCAGAAGAAAGUUUAGUAGAAACUGAUGCGAAUAGUAAUAAAGCAUUACACAAAGAUAAGGUUCCGAAAGACUUGGAAGAGCUUGUGCAAGGGGAGUCCGCAGAUGCAAAAGUAGAUGGAGCCAGUUUGUGCAUGCUAUCGAUGUUCAUCUGUGCCCCCGAUAUAAACCCAGACUACCUAGAUAACGAUCCACCUUCAGUUCAUUCUUCCGAGCAGAUCAGUUCAGUAUUUGGGGAUGUGUCCUCUCUGAAGAGCUUUGAUUCCCUCACUGGAUGUGGAGACAUAAUUGCGGACCGAGAUGACGACAGCAUUGCUGAAAGCACAGUGUUGGCUGAAAGAAGUCGCAAUGCGGGCAAAAGAAGCUCCUGCUAUGUCACUUACCAAGGAGGCGGGGAAGAAAUGGCGACCCCUGACGAGGUUGAUGAGGAUUAUCUGCAAAGUUUGUGGGAAAAUGAAGCUGCAGCUGACGUGUGCUUUACCCCUGGUCAACAGCAGAUGCUCCUGGGCGAUGACAUGGACCUGCAGAUAUCUCCGGAUGGACCCGCCCUUCCUGGUCCUCGUGUGGAUGCUGCUAAUAAUCCCAGUGUUGUCCGAGCUGUUGCAGAUAACGGUCAUACCAGCGGAGACCUCCUGACCCCACAAAGUGACCAGCCCGAAUCUGCACCCAACAGUGACGAGGGUUAUUAUGAUUCCACCACUCCGGGUCCAGAUGAAGACGGGGGUGAUAGCCUCAGCCGAAGUAAAAAGGAAAAGCUUCCACGGGACAGCUACAGUGGGGAUGCGCUCUAUGAGCUUUAUGAGCCUGACGAUAGCCUGAUGAGCCCCCCUCUUGCAGAUGAACCCUCCUUUGAGACUCUGCCACCCACCCCAGAUGCUUUGGAGUUUUUAGGAAUGGGUGUGGAUAAGAGUUUGUGUCCCGGUUUUUCCAACAAAGCUGGACUUAUGGAAGAGGUUAGACAAGGUCAGAUAGAGCAGAAGCUUAUGGGGUGGGAAGUUAAAGGCACUAAAAAGCCCUCAACAAAAGAGCAAGUCAUCUUGAGCAAGGAUAGAUUUUACGCAGAAAAAAGAGUUGAUUGUAGUUCUAAAAUGAACAGUAACACAUAUCAAGCUUGCCUUAAAGAGGAGCAGGUAGUUUCACAGACUAGGAUAAGAAAAGGCUCAAAAGGAAAGCACAGAAAUAACCAGACACACCACACUAACCAAAUAACAAAUGCAAAGCUACUUCCUGAUUUGGGUGGCAUGGAUGUUGUAUGCAGCACAAAGAGCUCCCACCGAUCAAAAGACCCAGUUCCACUUGACGAAUUACUGCAGGGAAAUGGAAGAUGCACCCAGCCUGAAAAGAGAGGAAAAACUGAUACUGGUAAAAUGAAGACUGAUGAAGCCCUUGAGUGUGAUCAGGCUGUCUUCUUCUCCCAGGCCUUGAUGGACUUCACUAACAGUACCACGUUCUUAAACAACCUUUCUGAAAGUAUCGGCAGCUCUGAUUCUGGUUCUUCCUUUACACACAAUAUGCAGGCCCUUCCAGCAAUGGUGACGUUCGAUGUGGUGGACAUGGAAAACGAAGGGGAGUGUGAUCGUCAGAUUGAAAUGGAUACAGAUGAAGACAUGUCGUCGCCGUAUGAGGCAUACGAUGAGAGCUACUUGCAAAAAGAUGCUUUUGCUGAAUGCGACGAGAGGAUGUUUGAACUGUACGAUCAAAAUCCUUUUCUCAGCAACAGCUGGGGGGUUGCUAGUCUUCCACGGCAUCUUAAUUUCAGUAAAAUGAUCCCAGCAAUGCCGGCCCCAUUGUCUCUAAACAGGAGGAGCAGAUCACUAGAUACUGACAGCUUGGAAUUCGAACUGGCUGACAUGUAUCUGUCAAAAGUUAUUCCUCAGCUUCCCCAAGUCUCCAGGUCUGAAUGGGAUUCCAGGAAGGCUUCCACUCUCCAUUGGCCCUCAGAUUGCGAAAGGAGGGGACGGUCAGCCAGCUCAGAAUGGAGGGAGGUUGCUGACAUUCCUAAUUGGCCCUGGCAACAGGAGACUUCGUGCAAUUUCGCCCUUCCUUUGAUGGAUGCAAAAAGAUUAGGACAGGUCCAGAGUUGUAGUUCUCUGGGAAAGGGAAGGGACAUACAGCAUGAAAUCCAGAGGGAUAGAUUGGAUUUGCAGGAUGAGGGUUGUUCUCCUGAUCGGGGGCUUCAGCCUCGGACUUCAAGGGUUACUCGUGACACUGGGGCUGGUAAUCCAAUACAGAGCUCCAGGCAGAUGGCCAGACCAUCCCAUCUCCCCUUAGAAUCUGAUGAGUGCUGGCCUCAAACUGGAUCAAACUCACUGGGGACUUCCAGAGACAGCUCUGGGAAGAUGCUUGCUCUUGUUUCUCCUUUGGAUGAAAAAAAUGAGGCUUAUUUCUCUAAGAUUUCCUCUGCAAGUCGUUACUCUGAUUUUUCCCACCUGCAAAUGAAGUGCAAACCCAUAGGUGUCACCCAAGGAAUGCCUCAUUUUCACUCUGACAACCCAGACACUUUAAAACCAGAACUCUGUUUGGGACAGUGCGAGACUCCCAGCAAAGGGCGAAGCGAACAUGAAAUGACUUGACCUGUUGGGUGGAAUAAACACACUGCACUAGAUUUGUAACCUUUAUAAAUGGCUUAAAAAAAACUUCCAGCGUUGUAUUGCAUUUUUAUGUUGUCAAUGAUGUCAUCACAUAUGUCACCAAAGACACCAUGCAGCAGGUUUACUUUACAGAUCAAUAACUUCACAUGUGUUGUACAAAACCAUCCUUUGGAGCAUUAGAAUUAGUUUGAUGCAAACUUUUUUUACAUGAUUGUAUUCAGAAAGAUGGAGUCUUUGUUACUUAAACUACAAAGGGAUUUAGAAAUGUUCUUUUAAAAUGGUCAAGCAGUGCAGAGUUGGUUCGAUGACUGCUGCUUUGCUGCUCAGACCUCAUGGAAGCUGCUUUCAGUAUGCAGGGUUCAUGCCCUCUGUUUUGAAAAAUUGAGAGAAUAUAGAUAUUUUUAAUGUUUUUAAAUAGUUGUCAUUUUAGUAUUUUAAACAGACAAUAGCUAAUUUUAUCUUUGUUAAAUCAGAGAAUUUUUUUGCAAAUGUAAUUGUUUUUAAUUAGUAAAUUCUUAUUUAAAACACACAGUUCCUUAGCAAGAGAGUGCAGAUUUAAAAAGCAUUUGAUACCAAGGCAGGAGCGCUGCCUUGUUCUAGAAGGCACCUUGAACCACAGUACAAUGCAUCGAAGAGUCAUUUCUGAACAUGUUACCUGUAUAAUAUCCAGCUUCAGUACACUCUCCCUUAUUUAGCACUAUGAUGUUUAGCAUUUAAGAUGCAGUGUUUGCAGUCACAACAACGCUUGUACACUUACAGGUUGCCGUACGACACUGUUUUUUGCGUACAGGAUUUUUAAAAAGGUUCGAUGACAUUGAAAUGUUGUUUUUUGAAGGCUUAAAAAAAUAUUUUUCCUUUUUUUUAUUAUAUAAAUGUUGACAUGUUUUGAAUUGUUUACAAAAAGUGUUUUUAAAAAGCUGGUGCUGUUUACAUUUUAUAAGUACGUUUGCGGCCUGUAAUUUGUGCACGUUGGUUAUUUAACUGAAAUCUGUGACGCAGGGAUGGUGGCAACUGUUUUAUGGAUCAGAACAGUGGAAGAUCCAAAUGCUCCUGCACUGAAAUGCAUAAACCAUAUUUUUGCAAAUGUCACUUGAUGGUAUUUUUAUUGUAUAUAGUUUUGCUAGGAAGUGUUUUUAUACAUCACACCAGGGCAACCACGGCUGGGUUAUAAUAGAGUUGAAGAGGCAGUAUUUAUAUAGACCUCCAAUAAGGUAUUUAGUUUGUUCUAAGUGUGUGUGUGUGUCUCAUUGGGAAGAAUUAAGCCCUGUGAAGCUUAGAUAACUUUCCUUUGAAUGUUUAAAAUGGGUUUUAUGAUUUCCUUGCUUGCAGCCACUCUGGUCAUCUGUCCUCUGCAGGUCUUUCAAUCCCAAGGGGUUUGUUUUUAAACAUCAUUUUUUUGGGUUCAACUUUACUGUUCUGAAGGUGGUAGACCUGUAGUUAGUAAAGUAAUAUGUUGAACUUUUUGCUAGAGAGAAAUCUUAGUCAAUCUGACAACUGUCUUUUGAAAGCUCUUUAGUCAAGCGUUGCGGUUCCUUGGUGAAUUUUCUCCUGAUGUCAAGGUGAGCCACAUCGUGCAGGAAUGUAAUUGUAUUGCAGUACUGAGUGUGUUCAGGAAGUGUUAUCUGGAAACAGUGACACGUGGAGACCUCUCGCUGACUGAAAGCAACACUGAACUCAAGCUUGGUAACUGACCCACACGUACAGAGUGUGUAAUAUAAAUAGUUGUUCUCUGUCGUUCAGUGGUGAAUGUCUUUUCCACAAUAGCAGAACAAAGUGGCCAACUGACUUCCAGACUGUGCUGUAGUGUUGGGAGCAGACAUGUCAUGGAAUGCACAUUUAAUUCAAACAAGGCUUUACAAUUGCUAGAAGGUAUUCAUUUGAAGGUAUAUCAAUGUCUGUUCUAGCAACAGUUUCCUAGCAACAUGGGUCUUGCCAGGGCACAACUCAAAUUCUUUAACUGCAAACAUUGCAUCCUUGCGUCAAGGUUGAUGGGAAGCAUGUAGUCUGUUAUUAAUACCCAGGUUUCUUUUCACUGUCUUUCUCAGUCUGUUUUUGAUAUGUAAAGGGUUGAAUGUGCUAGUCAUGAAUUGCUGUAUAACAUAUGGGGUGGGGGUGUUGAUUUUUGUCAUUGAUAGUAAUGGCAAAGCCAUAACCUGAUGUUCAUAACCUAGAACACAUUUCCACGAAAUGGCCAAUGAAUUUAAGAUAAAUAACAUGCCAUACGUUACCUGAAGCACCCAGGUUCUUAUUUUAAGGCAUGUUUUAAGGCAAACUCGAAUGCAGUCAUACACAUUUCAUAGAAAAAAAUAAAAUAAAAUGCAUUUUACAAUAUAUCUAGCGUAAAAGCAUGUGCAAUUCUAGUUCAUAUUUUUAACCUUUGUUACAUUCACUGAGAAGUUUAGCAAACCCUACCAACAAAGUUUGUUCCAAGUUUUUAACAAGGACAGGCUAGUCAUUUCCCUGUUCCGGUAUUUCUGCCUGUUGGACAUUGGCAUUGUUUCCUUGUUACAUGUUCACCAAAGGCCUUUCAGUAGCAUAGAUAAAGUCCGAAGUCGUGCUGUGCUACAGAAUGUAAUUUCUAAUUAAGCUAGAGCCUAUGCUGCAGAAUGGAUUGUACAGUAUCUAGCCUGCCUUGAAAACAGUGUUCCUCAGGUGCAGCUAUUCUGUGAUGAAACAGUGCAAACUUUAAGCAUCCCAUUCACAAGACACAGUGGUCACAGUAUAUUUUUGCACUGAAGUGCCUUUUUCAAAGAAUGCUUUUACUAUAGUUACAUGAAUGCAUACUGUGCUGCUUGCCAAACUGCCUAAUGUGUGUUACACAGCUAGCAGUUACUUAGUAGCAAGAUGCCACAGUUCUGCUUGUUCACUGCAGUGAAUUUCUUGUGUUGCAAGUUGUAUAUAUUGCUGUAAAUACUGUGUUUCUUCUGUGGAUGGUUAUUCCUAAUUGCAGUGGGUGCAGUAUCCCUUUAAUCAAGUCUCACUCGAGCAACUGAAAAUAUAAGUACAUGCAUAAUAAAAAGGUGCAGGGAAAUAAGAUUUUUGUAUUUUCCAUUCUUUGGGAUUUAUACGUAGAUGCAUAUCUUGUGAUCCUGAGUUAAAUAGCUGCAAAAGCUGUGCUAGCGUGCUUAAUUAGGGCACUGUAGAAUUCCAAACUGUUUGUAGCACCCUAAGGCUGAUUAGGGACACUGCACCUGCUGUUAAACACACAGCAACCUGAACACAUUUCUUUCCACUUGUAUUUCUUUAUUGUGUGUGUCUGUGCUCACGUAUUUGUAUUGGAUAGAAUGUUGUCAGAAGGGCAUUUAUAUAAGCUAUUGAAAUAAAACUUGAA